AUGUCGACGGAGGGCAGCCAGCCGACACCGACGUCUGAAGAUGACCAACAGCCCGGAGCCGCGCCACCGGCGCGCCACAUCAGCCUCAACAGCAACGAGCCGCUGGUGAAGCUCGUCUCGGCCAUUGAGCGGGACAUCUCCAUGCUGUUCGGCCUCCCCAUGCAGUCCCUCUCUUACUACGGCGAGCCGAAAUACGUACGGAUCCACGCACUCCUCAUCUGCGUGCUGAUGUUCAACAGCUUGAUCAGCAUCGCCAUCUCCCAGCACCAAUUCCUGCGCUCGUUCUUCCCAUUUGAGCGCCGGGCAUUCAACGGCUUGCUGACGGCCGGCUGCCUGAUCAUCACCUCGAUCCCGUUCCUAUAUGCGAAUUUCGAAGUGGCGGUGAAGAUCUACCUGUCGUCACGCCUUCAGCUGGCCGUCGUCGGCGUCAUGUUGACGGCGGUGAUGAUGAUCGCGUGCUAUGGAAUGGAGCAGUGCUGGUUCGACCACACGCGCCUGAUGGAACCCCUGACGCGCUCGUCGCAAAAGUGGCGCAAGCUGUGCCGUCGUCUCCUUGGCCUCUACCAACACGCCGUGCCCGUCGCCAGCUUCCUCAUCAUCGCCUCGGUGUUCCAGUUUGGAGGCGAUGGACCCCAGUUUGACCUUUUGAUGUUCGCCUCCAUCGCGUCGUUCAUCAUCUUCCCCGGCUGGUACCUCUACAUGGGCUGGUGGAACGAGCUGAUGACGGUCCAGCCGGGGCUGCCCUCCUACAAGUUGCUGCGCGUGCCACUGAUUCGC